AUGAAAUACUUUACCGUUGGUUGGAGGCCCAGGAUCAAACUGGCUGAAGAAAAGAUGCACUUCCACAACGGAGACACUCUUCUAAUUGCCAACGAAUUCAACGAAUACUUGAAUCUCGAGUGUGGGCUUUGCGAGGUUCAAAUCAAAAAACCUGCUGAAGUCCUCAACGAAGAAGCCGAAAAUCUUACGAAGUAUGCCAUCAUCAUCUAUGUCCUAGAGAAGAACAGCAACGACAUAACGGAACCCUUUUUCUUAUCCCGCAGAAUCUGCUCAACAAUAGCUACAGAAGAAACGCGCUUCAUCGUCAUUUCUUUGACAGGCGACGCUGUUCAUUGGACAACAUUAGGACCAAUCCGAGAAUUCCAUCUCGGUAGAAAGAGAAAAAACAUAUUUAUAGACAAUUCGGAAAGGAUCCCUCUUCCCAAACUUAUUCCUUCCGUACUGGAUGUGGAUGAGGAGGUACUGUUCACUAUGAGGAAUUCCCUAUUGAGCAUGAUAUACGCGGAAGAAAGUGCUGGUAGUUCAGACGUUUACUUAGGCAAAACGGUAGCAGUCGUUGGAGGUACGGGAGCCAUAGGUUCUACCUACGUCGAGAUGCUCAAAAAGAAAGCAGGAGUCGAAAAUAUAGUGAUACUCAGCCGUAAGGCAAACAGAGCUUUGUGUGGGCCAGGUGUCUCCGCGUUUACUUUGGAUAUCAAAGACGAGGAGUCCAUGAGAAAGACACUGGACGAGAUUUACAUGAGGUAUGGGAGAGUCGACACCAUAAUCCACGCAGCUGGCGAAGCGACGACAAGAUCACUGGAGAAGGACAUUCCAAGCAUGCUCAACGUUCUACUUCCGAAACUGAGCGGAAUCACGAAUGUACUGAACUAUCUCAACUCCAGAAAGGUCCAGCUGGAUAAUUUAAUUAUGGCGUCAUCAUUAAGCAGCACAGUUGCAUUACAAGGAAAUGAAGACUACGCUGCAGCCAACAUCUUCAUGGACGCGCUGGCGCUGAACGGACAUCCUAGGGUGAAUAAGAUUACUUCGAUACAGUGGCCAGCUUGGAGCAGCGCGGGCAUGGCUUCAACAUUUGAACAUAAUGAACUUCACUCCUUGCUGAUGAGAACUUCGAUUUCACCUCAGGCAGCUAAACGGGCAGUGAGAGAAACUCUUGGGCUCACAGGUGUGGUAGCAUAUUCGCCACUGUCACCGUUUGAGAUCAGAAAGAUGCUUGAAAAAGCUCAACUUGCUGGAGAGCGACUAAAUGUUGCCGAUAAUGUUAGCGAGGACAAAGGUUCAUUGAAGGACAAGAUUGCCGACAUUUGGAAAGAAGUAUUGGGGGUAACUGUGGACGAUGAACUGGAUUUCUUCAACAAUGGCGGGAACUCACUGAGUGCGCUUAGGGUAGUAUUUCGUGGAAGCGCUAUCCCAUACAUCUACCGAAUCAAGCAAGGUUGA